UGUUGACACUUAACAGAAAACCAGAUUUGUGAAAUGAAAUGAAGUUUUUCGACCAUUUUUUACUUUUUCGAUUUUAUUUCGUUGGAAAUUGGUGGAUUUUGGUUUUAUAAAAGUAUUGUUACUUGGCCUAAUUUUGCGUAAAGUUAUAUCAACCAACAAGGGAAAAUGCCAAAGAAGUUCGCAGGCGAAAAUAGCAAAGCCGUCGCUGCUCGGCAGCGCAAGGAGAAUAGCAAGCUGGAAAAAGAUCAAAAAACUAAGAAAAUGGUCGAAGACGCCGAGUGGGAAGACAAUGAUGACAAACUGAAGAAGAAGCAGCAGAAAAAAGAAGAUCAAGAAAAGAAGCGUCUAGAGCAGCUCCAGAAGAAGGCAGAAGCUAAGGCCCUUCUGGAAAAGGAGAUGGAGUCAAUAAAGCCCAAGGCUGUUCCUCCGCCGGCCAAGAUCACCCGCGCACAGAUCACACACAUGAAGGAGAGGACUAUUAAGGCUGAACCAGAGAAACCUGUGCCUACGCGGGUGGUGGUGGAGGAGCCUCCAUUGGUGGAGAAUCUCAACAGAUUACAGAUUGAUGGUGAAGUGGCGCAGAGUGUUGAUGAGGCUAUCUCUAUUCUCACUGAAAAGUCUGACACAGACAGGCAUCCUGAAAAGCGUCUCAAGGCAGCCUACACGGCGUUUGAAGAAGUCACCUUGCCAAGGCUAAAGGCAGAAAACCCAACCCUAAGGCUGUCACAACUCAAACAAAUGCUGAGGAAAGAGUGGCUCAAGUCUCCUCAGAAUCCUUUGAACCAAAAUUCAUAGAUAAUGUUUAUUUGAAUUAAGUUGAUUUUGGCUAUGUUUAAAUGAAUUCAUUAACUGUAUAGUUGUUCUAUUUCACAAUGAUCGUUUGCUAUGUUUGUGUGAGUGAACACGUACACAUUGUGUGCGUGUGCGACUCGACCGACCGCAGUUUUCGUUAUGCAUACAAAUGCGCUGAUGAUCGGUACACGCACUACUACAACGAAGGCUGAAUGGUCAUCAUGAAAUAGAACAACUCUAUAGUUGCUAUAUGUUAUAGCAAACAAGUUGAGCGAAUAUGUAGUAUCGAUAUUUAGUUUUCUAUGGCGGACCGAAGAGGCGUGAGGGAAUUCGUAUCGCGUGGUAGCAUGCGAUUGGUUGGUCAGACGCCCCUUGCUUCUUGCGAUGUGCCAACUUUCUCCUACUACGCCGCAUUUUGCUCAAUUUGUUUGCCAUUCACUGUACUCUUUGAGUUCUGGUAUAUCUUACAAUGUCACAGUGAAUUGGCCAUAAAAUUCCUUUUUUUUAAAGUUAUUCUAUGGAUUUUAAUUUUUUAAAGUUUCGCUAGGAAAUCUGGCUACCUUGGAUUUUGUUUUCGAAAACUAAAUGAAUUAGACAUAAUAGAGUUGAUUUUUGUCUUACAUUUUUAACACUUAUGUAUAAAGGGUGUUAUAAGAAAUAAAACAAUAAUGUUAAGUUACUGAAGUUUAUUUAACUUCAAGUCUUACCAACUACUAAAAAUAAAGCUUAAAGCUACUAAUGUAAAUAGUAAAAAUAAAUUAUUGAAAAUUA